CAGCCCCGCACUCCGCCGUCGACACCACUGAGUGAGGAUGACAAGGCCGCCCUUCUCCCACCGCCGCUCGAGUCGUCAGAGGUGCUGCGGCCCGAGCCGAUGGCCCCAUGUCGCUCGGCUUUGGGGCCCACCUCCUCCCCCGCCGCCGAGUUGGCCUCGGCGCGGCAUCCUCACCCCGGCUCGCCGCCAAAGGCCGAGGACGAUAACGAGGCCGCCGAGGCCGCCGCCGGCAGCGAGCUGGACAACGCCGCAGCGCUACAAAGCAGGACCGAACUGGCGCAGGCAGAGUACGGGCCCGAGUAUGUGGUCAAUCUGCUGGCGAUGGAGACCCGGUACGCCGAGUCCCACGCAUCGGUCCGUGCAGCCCACGUCCCGCUCCGCUACAACGCUGUCGUCUGGCUGCUGCGAGUGGCUGAGGCGCAAGCACUCGGCUCGGAGACCUUCUUCCAUGCGGUUGCGCUGAUGGACCGCAUGGAGGCUGCCAUCAAGGUCCGGCCCAAGCAUGUUCGCCUCGUCGCCGGCGCCGCACUCCUGAUUGCCUGCAAGGUGCGCGAGCCCGAGGGUAAGACCUGUUUUGACCUCAUUGCCGCCCUCGUUCCCUGCCCAACGGUCAGGCUGCGCAGAAUGGAGGCGCUUGUUCUCCACCACAUGGGCUGGCGCGUCAACGACGUCACUCCGCACCUGUUUGUCGAGUCACUCCUGCCGUCGCUCGCCGCGCCGCCGCCAACCCGCGAGGCGCUUCGCACUCGGGCUCACUUUUACAUCGAGCUCGCCUGCCACGACGCAUCGCUUGUCACCACUUACCCGUCGGUCCUCGCUGUCGCCUCGCUCGCGCUUGCGGCCUCUGAUACCUCGAUCGCCGAAGGCCCGAUGCCGCGGGCCGACGUGCUCGAUGGUGCCUCUGCCGCUCUCUCGGCCGACCCGGCCGCCGUUGCCGCCGCUGUAUCCGCCUUGCGAACCGCCCUCAAGUCCAUGGCCCAGCGCGGCACGCUCAUCCUUGCUCCCCAUACGCUGGAGGCGCUCGAGGCCGCAGGCCUUGGGUACGAUCCAUCGUCACGGGCGGUGACGGGGCCGAGUGAGGCUGCGGCGAGCGAGGCCGGUGUGGCGGCGGUGCAGGCGCUGGUGGUGGCGCUACUGACGGCGGCGCCGCUGGCGCUGCGGAGGGUUCCGCUCCCUGGCGGUUCUUACGUCCUCGCCUCGCCCGACUUCUCGACGGCGACGCGGGCACUAGUUUUAAUCCAGGGCUCGGGCGGCGUCCGCAUGGGACAGUGGUCGCGGACUCUCUGCCGCACCGCCUCGCUCAACGAGGGCACCAUGCUGCCGUACGUCGAAGCGGCGGUGGCGGCCGGCGCAGGCGUCCUUGUCUGCAACCCGAACGAGAACUUUGACGCCGACGGCCACCCACUGGUGGGAUCCGAGUCGCGCGAGGCGCACGUGGCGACAGUGUGGCAGCUGGCCACUGCGCCCGACUCGCCGCUCGCCGACGACAUCGGCCUGUCCUCGGUCACCCGCGUCGACGUCAUGGUCCACUCGUACGGCGGGCGAUGCAUCCAGGCUCUGCUCGCGCAUCCGGCUCUCGCUACUGACUUUACCACUCGUGUCUCCAAGCUCGCGCUCACUGACUCGCUGUAUAAGCCGACCGGCGAUGGCGCGAGUUGGCUUGCUGCGCACGCCAAGCACUGGCUGGCGUCGCAGGCGCCGCUGGAUACACCACUGGGCGACAAGGACUGGAUGGGUGUGGCGUGCGUGUCUGCAGGCGUCACCGACCACGCGUCCACCAACGCCGCGGCCAUGGCUUCGAUUCUCCACUUUCUGGAGCUCAGCUCGCCGGAAGAAGACUGUGCAUGAGGCACGCCGUCCAAGUCGCGUUAAGCGGCCAGUACACAAAGAACACCAGGUGGAAGAGCGCGGUCGGCUGGUAGAGCCAUUGCAAGACUACAGCGUCGAUUGCAUGUCCCAGUGCGCUUAAAGCAGCAAACUCGCCGCUGCACAACAUCGUCGCCCAUCCACCCAGCACCACCGGCGGCGAGCUUGUCACCAUCACGACCAGCUGCAGCGCAUUGAGCAGCCAAGAUAUCG